GGCAAUUUAGAGCCGCGCGCCCGGCGGGAACGUAAGAUGGCGGAGUAGCAAAGCGCAGCGGUUAGUACCGAGUCUGCAGUACGACUUCGAUUCCAGCCUCGGCAGCAGCAGUGAUCGCUGAGCGCAGAGUGCCCAGGGUAGUCGGCCAGGAUGCCGAAUAUCAAAAUCUUCAGCGGCAGCUCCCACCAGGAUUUAUCCCAGAAAAUUGCUGAUCGCCUGGGCCUGGAGCUGGGCAAGGUGGUGACUAAGAAAUUCAGCAACCAGGAGACCUGCGUGGAAAUUGGCGAGAGUGUGCGUGGAGAAGAUGUCUACAUUGUUCAGAGUGGCUGUGGAGAAAUCAACGACAAUCUAAUGGAGCUUUUGAUCAUGAUUAAUGCCUGCAAGAUUGCUUCAGCCAGCCGGGUUACUGCAGUCAUCCCAUGCUUCCCUUAUGCCCGGCAAGAUAAGAAGGACAAGAGCCGGGCCCCAAUCUCGGCCAAGCUUGUAGCAAAUAUGCUGUCCGUAGCAGGUGCAGAUCAUAUCAUCACCAUGGAUCUCCAUGCUUCUCAAAUUCAGGGCUUUUUUGAUAUCCCAGUGGACAAUUUGUAUGCCGAGCCAGCUGUCCUAAAGUGGAUAAGGGAGAAUAUCUCUGAGUGGAGGAACUGUACUAUUGUCUCGCCUGAUGCUGGCGGAGCUAAGAGAGUGACCUCUAUUGCAGACCGGUUGAAUGUGGACUUCGCCUUGAUUCACAAAGAACGGAAGAAGGCCAAUGAAGUAGACCGCAUGGUGCUUGUAGGAGAUGUGAAGGAUCGCGUGGCUAUCCUUGUGGAUGAUAUGGCCGACACUUGUGGCACAAUCUGCCAUGCAGCUGACAAACUUCUCUCAGCUGGAGCCACCAGAGUUUAUGCUAUCUUGACACAUGGAAUCUUUUCUGGCCCAGCCAUUUCUCGCAUCAACAAUGCAUGCUUUGAAGCAGUAGUAGUCACCAAUACCAUACCUCAAGAGGAUAAGAUGAAGCAUUGCUCCAAAAUACAGGUGAUCGACAUCUCCAUGAUCCUUGCAGAAGCCAUCCGGAGAACUCACAAUGGGGAAUCAGUUUCCUACCUGUUUAGCCAUGUCCCUUUGUAACAGAAUAACUUCUGAGGCUUUUUAAAAAUGAAAUUCACCCCACCCCUUAUUUUCCCUUGGUAUUUGAUGAAACGUUCCGCAGAAGACCCAGCUUGCUCCAGUGUAGCUUUCUACAUCCCACCUCAGGUAUAUUAGAGCUAUGGGGAGAGACAGAUUGAGAUUGCUGGGAUCUCCAACCUGCGUUGUCUCAUUCUGGCUUCGUUGAUGAUCUGGGGAGCCUUGCAGCUUUAACUACAGCUCAGUUGCUGCAAGAUUUCAGACUUUGAGGGUGUCCUGUAGGGGUGUUUGAAGGUGAUGGGGGAAGCUGAGACUGCUUUGCAUGUGAAUCCUUCAGGGUUUUCUUUAUUCAGAACAACUAGCAACAAAGCCAACCCAAUAUAUACCCCCCUCCAUGGUGUGUCAACCCUGUGCCCCUGUGUCACAAGUUCUCCAAGGUCUAUGCUAAAUUACAGCAAGAGCCCCAGGCAACCCCAAACCUAAGUCUCCUGGUUGCUGAGCCCCUAUAAGGCAGGAGCUGGCUUUCAGCUUUCACAGCCAUUGGGUGGGGUCAUGAGGGGAGGCAGCACAGUGCCAGCAAAUGCUUCUUGGGAGGAAGAAGACUGAUCCGUCACCAUCUGCGCGGGGACUAUGUAUCUUGGAUCCUCCUUUGUACCUGUUCAUUUCAAUUUGGCUUUACCUUCCACCAUCUUGACCUUUUCCUGGCCAAAUAAUCCUCUUGGGUCCAAAUGAUCAGUGUACCAUAGUCUUACAGAAAGCAAACUUGCUCCCUGCUAUGUAAUUGCUAACAUUUACGUUACAUGGUUUUGCUGUAGCUUAAUUUUCCUUGGCUGCUACCAUCAUGGUAGUAGAUUUUAGAUGAUGUCAUGUUGCCUUUUGAUUAAUUUAAAUAUUUAAUUUCCAUCUUCCUUCCUUGGACCUGUUUUGACCUCUCAAAUGACCUGAAAUUUCUGUUAGAAAUAUUAUCAAUUGUCAUUGUCUCUUGUCAAGGAAGCUAAUAAAGUGUAUGUGUGUGA